AUGGGUUUUCGCUUGCCUGGAAUCAGAAGGUCAGCUUCAUUUGCUGCAAAAUCGACAGCUUCGAAAUCCGGUCAGGUGCCAAAGGGAUAUCUAGCAGUUUAUGUUGGAGAGGACUUGAAGAGGUUUGUGAUUCCAAUAUCAUACCUGAACCAACCUUCGUUUCAAGAGCUGUUAGGUGAAGCUGAAGAAGAAUUUAGAUUUGAUCAUCCAAGGGGUGCUCUCACCAUUCCUUGUGCAGAAGAUGUCUUCGUGCAUGUCACUUCUUCCUUCAAUGGCUGCUAGCUUAUGAAGACAAGACUAACUUAGAUUAGUUAAUUAACACGACACAGUUUUGCCGAGGAAGUGACUUAUGUCCUUUGGUUUUGUAAAGAGAUGCGUUUUUUUUUUUUUCCUUUUUUCCUUCCCUACUUGGGAAGUGGGAAAUUGUCCAUCUGAAUGAAUUUAUUAGGAGAAUGUUUUCACCCA